GCGAUGCUCUUGCAACGAACCAGGUGCUCUUCGAAGACAAGGAACGGCUUUUUACGUUAGGCAUGUAGGCAUUUUCGCAUGAGCUGGUGAGUGGGUGAGCCAAUUUCGAAGAACUACUGGAACAUAGCUCAGAGCAGGUCGACUCGCCACUCGAACAGUGCAUCAGUAGUGCCACUAGUGGUAGCGCUGGGCGCGUGUUGUUGGCGGUGAUGCCAUUGCCCAGGCCAGGCCAGGAACAAUCGAUCCAUCGGCAACCUCACGCGCGAAAUCACGCAGAGAGACGCUGUUUCGAACGUUUCCUACUUCGAGUGCGACUUCUCAACACAAUAGUUUGGCACGGAACGCACGCGGUGUUGCCCAGUUAGUUUAGUUCCCCAUGACCAGUGCAUGCAGUGUGGAUGUCCACAAGAUUUUAGUGUUUUGAACUGAACAUUCUACGAGUGGGCGUCAUUCUGCUCUGAGUUGCUGCAGCCUUCAGGCCAGUUCAGUUGCUGCCUUGGAAAUGUCAUGAGCACUAACUCAGCAACUGAUAUCUAUGCAGACUAGGCUGGCGACCGUGUAUUCCCGUCCCAAUAGGCAGUAGCGAAGAGUCCACUCAGGUUUAGUAGCAAAGGGAAACCUGCACCCAGGCUAUGUUGCUUCUACCUACUAGUACUAGUACCCGACCAGCUUCAGCAGUUAGCAGUGCGUGUUCGUAAACACUCCAGAGAAGUACGCCGGCCGUACUCGCUAGUCUCGAAUUAUUUUCUUUUGUCAACUCGGGAGAUGGAGCCUGUUUGGUUCGCGCCGCAGAGUCGCUCCGGUCUGUUGCUGUCGUUUGGCAUCUUGGUGGUCGUGGCCUCGUGGACUAGUGCAGUUUAUGAGCCCAACGGUGGCCUAUCCGAUUGGACUGCUUUUACCGCGUGCUCGACAACAUGUGGCCAGGGUGUGAGAACGCGUUCCAGGCAGUGCAUGGAUAUGAUGCCGGAUCCGUGUGGCAACGCGACCAUCCUGGAAGGCAUACCUUGCCACACCAGUCCAUGUCCAAUCGACGGCGGCUGGUCAGCCUGGCAGGCCUGGCAAUGCGGCCCCGGCUGCGGAGGUGUUCGCAAUCGGUCCUGCACCGAACCACCGCCGUUCUCCGGUGGUGCUGACUGCAUGGGGGAUGCCAUUGAGGUUGACUCCUCUUACUCCAGUAUCAACUGCACCGCAUGCCCAGUGAACGGUAGCUGGACAAGCUGGGCGCCAUGGCAAUGUUCCGCCACCUGCGGUUCCGGCAUGGCUCAGCUACGCACGCGCUCGUGCAGCAUGCCCGCGCCCAUGUACGGUGGCGCGAGAUGCGAGGGUGACUCUUUGGAAGUGAGGAUGAUGGCAUGCAACGUACCAUCGACUUGUCCACCACCCCCACCCUUCAAUGGUAACUGGGGGCAAUGGAGUUCAUGGAACUGCUCUGCACCGUGUGGUCUCGGCGUGCGGCAGAGAACGCGAGAGUGCAACAAUCCACAGCCUCGGAACGGCGGUAUGGACUGCUACGGGGAUGGAGUCGAGCGCAACACUACAGAGUCAUGCAUCAUCACUGCUUGUCCAGAUUUCAAUGUAAGUCUCACUGCUCCAGACCUGGUGCCGAAUGCUGAUGGGGACUUCAGCACAUUCUUCUCUUCCAACAUCGGCCUGCCGAGUAUCUCUGCCGGCUCUCUGCCGACCUGUACCUCAGUCGGCGCGGACACACUGGAACUGGUGAACGUCGAUCUCAGUCGCACCGUCAACCAAAUCCACGGCAGCAGCAACAGCAACGGCCUGGUGCGCUCUCUGAGUUUCGCUAGCAAUGCCACGUCACUGGCUAUGCUCGGGCCUGGGCGCUACGUGUGUCGCGCCAAGGUCGGCCAGUAUGCCUACUUGCAGGCAAAUGCCAGUUAUUACCUUAACGUCGAGGUACCGUACAGUCUCAACUUGACCGUGAGAGCAGAAACGUCGUCUGUGAAUCAAAGCACGUCGAUCGUUGCAACAUGCUGUGCGGUGGCCAGCCCAGGGAUCUCGAUUCAGUUUGGCAUGGAGACCAGCGCCGGCAUAAGUUACACACCGUGGGGCAUCGCGAGGACGGACGAAUCGCCCGGUUUGACCCAUACAUGUAGCACCCUGAAGGCCAUUGUUACAUUGCCAUGUUCUACACACACCGUCAACUGUAACGCUAGCUACAGUCAACUCAUUGCAAACUGUUCUCAGCCGUUGGUUGGCGUGGUAGGUGCCUCAAUGCACUGUUCAGGAAGUGAGACGCAGCGGGUGGAAACAAGUGACUUCUGCAUUGGCAGUCCGUCCACUACACCUGUGUCCGCUGUCACAGCCGUUCAGCAGACAUCGCUCUCGACAGUCAGCUUGGCAGAGGGUUGCAGGGCAGUACUGGUCUGUCCCAUGCCCAGCACCUCCUUGCCAAACACCAACCAGAGCGCUAAUCAGAUACUGGAUGUAUCUUAUCCGACGUACGGAGACUGGUAUGGGCCUGGCAAUCGGUCUCGCCUGGCGUCGAACACCUCCUAUCUUGUACUGGACUGCGUGGACCAGUCACACGCCGGUAUUUACUGGUGUAACGUCACCAGUGACCAGGGACAGUAUCUUGAGGCAAGUUUUCAGCUCAACGUGACAAGCACAGGUGUGUUCUUCGGGUACAUUGUAGUACCGAUCUUGGCCAUCAUACUUCUCGUCAUCAUACUCGUCAUUAUCAUCUAUGUUCUGAAACGUCGACGUCUCGACAGGAUGUUCUAUAUGAAGCGACUACGCUUCAGGAGCCGAAUGGGCUCGAGCUCGGCCACCUUUCCAAAGCCUGGUGACGGUGGUGACCGGCCAGCUCCCCCCGGCGUGGCUCAGCGGCCCCCCGCCAAGUCGCUGGCCCACGGCACAUCGUCCGUUGACUACGAUGACAUGGACUACGUCAUAGCCAACGACUGCAUUGACGCCACCACGCUAGCCGUCAUGGGCAUGAUGCCGAUGGGCCGGAUCGGUACUGCUAGUGCUGCCGUGGGUGAUCCACAGGCCACGCAAGCUGACUACCUGGACGUUCUACCGCAGCUGGAGGAGGGUGCCUGUCGAGCCGAACUUUUGUCCGCCGUAGGCGAGGAGCAUGCGGCCGCCGUGGCCGAUACGGAUGCGACAGCGACAGCGGUGGAGCAAGACGAGACGUUGGAUAUCUCCGAGCUGGAAAGUCGUUCAAGACCUGCUGCUCGGCGGCCCGCUGCCGGUACGCCGCGGGGCCUUGAGUCUGGAGCGGCGCAACUGCCUGAUGGUGAUGCGGCGGCGGGGGCGGCGACAGCGGCGGUGCAGAGGCAGAAUUCAGCAGCAGAAUCGGCCGCACCUUCUCACCGUGCAGAACACGAUGCCGCACGUGCUGAGGGUGCAGCGCAUGAAGCACAGGACGUCGCCGAGGACGACGAUGACAUUUACGACGUUCCUACAUCUUCUGACGAAGACGAUGGCGUUGCCAAGGUGAUAUAUGAAUUUGUCUGAAGUAACGGCACUGACCUUUGUCACUGUGACGAGAAGGUGCUGUUUCGUGGAAAACACCUCCAGUCUAGUCAGAUACUGUACUGUUUCCACGGGCGUCGAAUUGGACAUGGGAUGUUUUUUGCUCACUCAUCAGUUUAGAGAUUAGCAAAGCGGCGCAUGCGAUCAGAACAUUCUCCGCUCAUGUGCAUGCACAAAGUAUCCGGUGAUGUGAAAAAGACUUGCGGAGCAGGAUUUCAUCACGGGCAUGUAUUGUGUGCGUUCUUGAUCGCGGGAAUGUGUGUCGGCUUCUCUCAAUGUCAGACUCAGUCUGAUUUCCCGGAGGUAAGUGUACGUUUACAGGUUCUUGGGGGUAUUUCGCAGCAAGAGCUCGCUUCACAGGAGCGUACUGUUGGCUCCAUGGACUUUGUUGUCAUCACGACGUGGUAGUAUUCCAGCACAAUUCCGUCAGCACCGAAAUUGAUGAGCUCUCUUUUCGUCUCGGUUUGUAGCCGCUCCUUCUGGAUUAUGAGUAUGGUUUCCUGUACAGCAAAUCCUGGGAAAUACAAGACCCGUCGUUAAAGACCUCUCCCAAUGUCUAUUCUUACUAGGACCAUUGACAGUGUUUCAAAGAUCCUCAUCUAAUUCUUCUUUUCUCUGCAUACCUUAAUCACAGUAUGCACAGCGAUAAGAUCUUGGGUCUCUCCAGUUCAUUGAUUUCUCCAGUGAAGUCAAAUGCUAUUUCCUCCUCGACUCUCCUGCAAGAAGUUUUCGUCCUCUUGAUCUCAUCCACUGCUUCAAUCCUUUUCUUCUCAUUCCGUGAAUCACUGAUUCGCAAUUAUUCUAGUGUUGACAAGGUGUUGGAACUAACAACGACGCAUUCAAUUUUAUGUUA